GGUCAGGUGACAAUAUUUUUUUUUUUGGUUAUUUAUUUAUUUGUACGGAAGAAGCAAAAGAAAAGGGAAAAAAAAGAACAUCGAGAGGAGUGAAUGGUUUCGGUCGAAGGAUAUUUCCCGUUACAACAACAGUGUUGGUUAUUUGUGGUGGAAUUAUCGAGCUUAUCUGAUUAUUCAAUAACACAACCAUCAUGAAAAAGAAGGUCCUUUUGAUGGGCAAGAGUGGCUCUGGUAAAACCAGCAUGCGCUCAAUUAUAUUUGCCAACUAUAUUGCAAGAGAUACUCGCAGACUUGGUGCUACAAUUGAUGUUGAACAUUCUCACAUCCGUUUCCUUGGCAACCUAGUUCUCAACCUUUGGGAUUGUGGUGGACAAGAAGCUUUUAUGGAGAACUAUUUUGCCAGUCAGAGAGAUAAUAUUUUCCGAAAUGUUGAGGUUCUUAUUUAUGUAUUUGAUGUGGAGAGUCGGGAAUUGGAAAAAGAUAUGCACUACUAUCAGUCCUGCUUAGAAGCUAUAUUACAGAAUUCACCAGAAGCGAAGGUUUUCUGCUUAAUUCACAAAAUGGAUUUGGUCCAUGAAGAUCAGAGAGAUAUUAUUUUCCAUGAAAGAGAAGAUGACUUAAAACGACUGUCAAAACCCCUACAGUGUACCUGCUUUGCCACCUCAAUAUGGGACGAAACAUUAUAUAAGGCAUGGUCAUCAAUAGUCUAUCAACUAAUUCCAAACGUACAUCAGCUGGAAACCAAUUUAGCUCACUUUGCAGAUGCUAUUGACGCUGAAGAAAUUUUGCUGUUUGAAAGAGCAACAUUCCUUGUGAUCUCCUAUUGGCAGAGGAAACCUCAUCGUGACGUGCACAGGUUUGAGAAGAUCAGCAAUAUCAUCAAACAAUUUAAGCUGAGUUGUACGAAGGUAGCUGCUUCUUUCCAGAGUAUGGAAGUCCGCAAUUCCCGCUUUGCUGCUUUUGUUGAUGCUUUCACCUCCAACACUUAUGUUAUGGUCAUCAUGGCUGACUCUUCAAUCACUUCUGCUGCUACCUUGUUAAACAUCAAGAAUGCCAGACAACAUUUUGAACGUCUCGAAAAAGAAGAACUUGCUCGUGCUCCAAUGGUAUCACGAUAAUAAAGACUAGACAAGAAUAUAUUUGCAAGAUGUUGUUGUUGUUGUUGUUUGUGAUUGAAAUUUCUGUCCAGUCACCAGGGACAACAUGUCACUUACCAAAUUAUUGAUACUCCAAAUAUUUUUUUUUUUUUAAACAAAUUAUAAACCUUUUGCCCAGUGAAAAACCCAUUGUCUUUAACAGAACACAAACGGGUCCCAAACCACUUGGUCCACAUGUUAAAUUGUCUUCUAGUCUUCGUCUUUGUUCAUCUUUGUUUUAUUUGCUAACAAAAUAAUAAUAAUAAUAACAAUAAUUAAAAUUAUGACUAAUUAAUUUGUAUUAUGUGAAUUCUUACUUGCAGUAAGAUAAACUGACCAAGAUUUCAUCUGCAAAGCUCCUUCACCUGAAGAAUAUCUUUCUAACAACCAUCUAUUCUAAUCAUGCUCAAGAUUUUAGUUUCCCAACUUUCUAAAAAUAUUCUCAUUUAAAUUAAAUAAAAUCAUGGUUUAUUGUA